AUGGCUAUGCAAUGCCAACUAUGGAUGGGCAGUCUGGAGCCCAAUAUGACGGAGAGCUUCAUCAUGGCUGCCUUCAACCGAAUGGGACAGCGGCCACUGGCUGUUAAAGUGAUGCGAAACAAAUUCACUGGAGAACCAGCUGGAUAUGCCUUUGUACACUUUCAGACAGAUGAAGAGGCAAUAGAUGCCAUGCAUAAAUUAAAUGGCAAACCAAUUCCGGGAACAUUCCCAGUGGUGCGGUUCCGUCUGAACACUGCAUCAAGGGAAGCACGUGCUAACAUGCAACAAGAGAGGGAGUUCUCUGUAUGGGUUGGAGAUCUCAGCCCUGAUGUCGAUGAUUACUCACUGUACAGAAUUUUCGCAUCAAAGUAUUCUUCUAUCAAAACAGCAAAAGUAAUCUUGGACAGCUCAGGAUAUACAAAAGGCUAUGGUUUCGUGAGGUUUGGAAAUGAAGAGGAACAGAGAAAUGCUUUGUACGCAAUGAAUGGUUACACAGGUCUUGGUUCAAAACCUUUGAAGAUUUGUACCGCAGUACCUAAACCUAAGUGUACUACCACUCCUCAGAACCCUUCGGCACCAACUACACCUAAUUCUACGUUCAAUAAUGGAGCGGAGUACAAUCAAUACUAUGAUCCGUCUGCAUACUGGCAGAACUACUCUGCGUGGUCUGGCUACUACGGGCAGGGCGACCAGAGCGCGGCGCCUCCGCAGACCGUCCCUGUAGUCGACCCCUCGCAGGUCACCGCUGUGAAGGCCCAGACUGAUGAACUGGCUCUUGUUGAGCACAAGAAAGUUAUCGACGUUGAUCUACUAAACCAAGAGUUUUUGGAUCCUGAGUUAUCGCUGUGGGACAGCCUGGAAGAGUCCCAAUGGCUACCCAACGAGGUGGUAGAAGCGCAUUAG